AAAGUUAUUUUCUUUUAUUACACGCUUAUUAUUUGUUGUAUAGUUAAUUAUCUAUAAUUAUGUAUAUAUGUACAUAUUAUGUAUAAUUAUCAAAAUACUUAAGAUUUUAAAAAACUGAAACUUAAAAAUUUUAAUUUAUUUUUUAAAAAUAAAUAAUGAAACGUUUCUAAAUACUUUUUAAAAUUUAUAUAAUGCAUAGUAAAAUAUCAUGUUAAAAGAAAUAUUUUCAAUUUAUUUUUUUCGAGUUUAGAGCUAUAAUAUUUUAAUAAAUAUUUAAUAAAAAAUAAAGAAAAUGGCUUCAGAACUUCCACCAACGUUGAAACAACUAUUUAAUUAUAUUGAUGACCAUAAAACAGAAUAUAUAAAUAAUUUGCGGGAAGUAGUAGCUAUAAAAUCUGUCUCGGCAUGGCCAAACCAUAGAAAUGAAGUAAUCAAGAUGAUGAAAUGGACAGAAAUCAAAUUAAAAAAUCUUGGAAUCAAUACAGAAUUAGUAGAUAUAGGAAAACAAGUUCUUCCAGAUGGAAAUCAAAUUCCUUUACCACCUGUUUUAUUAGGAACUUAUGGAUCUGAUCCUAAAAAAAAAACAGUUCUCAUAUAUGGACAUUUGGAUGUUCAACCUGCAUUAAAAGAAGAUGGUUGGGAUACUGAACCAUUUAUUCUUACUGAAAAAAAUGGUAAAUUAUUUGGACGUGGAAGUACAGAUGAUAAAGGUCCUGUACUUUGUUGGAUUCAUGUAUUACAAGCUUAUAAAGCUAUUGGAAUAGAUAUUCCUGUUAAUCUUAAGUUUGUCUUUGAAGGUAUGGAAGAAAGUGGUAGUGAAGGUUUAGAUGAACUUCUUUGGGCACGAAAAAAUACAUUUUUACAAAAUAUUGAUUAUAUAUGCAUAUCUGAUAAUUAUUGGUUGACUACUAAGAAACCUUGUAUUACUUAUGGUUUAAGAGGAAUUUGUUAUUUUCAUGUAGAAGUAAUUUGUGCUGAUAAAGAUAUGCAUAGUGGUACAUAUGGUGGAAUUUUGCAUGAAGCAAUGCCAGAUUUGAUAUAUUUGUUAAACACAUUGGUUGAUGUAAAUGGAAAAAUUUUAAUAGAUGGCAUUUAUGAUAAAGUUGACAAAAUUCUAGAAAAAGAAUUAGAAUCUUAUAAAACAAUAGAAUUUGAUGUUGCUGCAUUCAGAGAUUCUAUUGGAAUUAAUAAAUUAGUUCAUAAUGAAGAUAAAAUUCAAAUUUUGAUGCAUCGAUGGAGAGAACCAAGUUUAUCUCUUCAUGGAAUAGAGGGUGCAUUUAGUGAACCAGGUGCAAAAACUGUUAUUCCAAGGAAAGUUACUGGAAAGUUUUCAAUUAGAAUAGUACCAAGUAUGACACCUGAAGAUACUGCAAAGAAAGUAAUAGCAUAUUUGAAUAAAAAAUGGGCUGCUAGAGGUAGUCCAAAUACAUUUAAUGUUAAUAUGUAUCAUGGAGGAAAAACAUGGUCUGAAAAUCCUGAUCAUCCAAAUUAUUUGGCUGGUCGAAAAGCUAUUAAACAUGUUUAUAAUGUAGAACCUGAUUUAUCACGUGAAGGAGGUUCUAUUCCAGUUACUUUGACAUUCCAAGAAACAACAGGCAAAAACAUAAUACUUUUACCAGUUGGUGCUAGCGAUGAUGGAGCACAUUCUCAAAAUGAAAAAAUAAAUAUUUGUAAUUAUAUUGAAGGUACUAAGAUGCUUGGAGCUUAUUUAUAUGAAAUAGCACAACUUCAACAUUAACAUUGUACAUGCACAUACAUGUAUUUUUAUUAUUAUUAUUAUUGAAUUAUUGAAUAUUUAUUAUUAUUAUUGAAAAAAUAAUCAAGAUAUAAAUUUAUAUUGAUGCAUUCAAGAACUUAUUUUUUUUGUAUUAUAAGCAAUAUUACACAAUUCAAAUUACACAUUUCAAAUUAAAAUGAAUCAUCAUAUUAUACUCGACUUGUCUACUUGUCAAAAUUUAUAGAAAUAAAACAUUCCCAUAAGAUUUUGAAUUAGAAAAGUUGAAUAUAUUUUUCUAUACAGAAACUUGCUUUAUUUUUAUAUAUAUAUAAAAUCUCAGUACUAAUUUGAAUUUCAUAAAUUAUUGAAUGUAAGAAUGAAUCAGCUUUUAUUUUUAUUUUAUGAAAAUAAUUAAAAGAACCAAGUUUGAGUAGAAAAAUAUAUUUAAUCUUUCCAAUUUAAAAUUUGGAUGGGAGUGUGUUUUGAUUUGUUUUUAUGGAUUUUAAUAAGUAGACAAGUUGAAUAUCACAUAACAAUUUAUUUAUGGAUUUAAAUAAAAUGUUUAUAUGAUUUAUCUAUGAAUUUAAUGUUAUUAUAUUAUAAUGUCAAUAUUUUAAAAUUUGUUGCAACUUAUUUGAAGUAACUUUUUGUUAAAUAAAUAAUUACAUAAUAUACAUUGUAUGUUAUAUUAUGCUAUUGUGAAAUAGAUUAUUAAAAAUAUAUGAAUUUGCCUUUGUAUUUAUUUUUUUUUAUUCUGCUUAUUAUGGUAUAAUAAUAUUAUGUAAAAAUAUAUAUUAAAGUAUUAAAUAAGUUCAGUUCA